UUACCCACACACAUACCUCACACAGACAACACACUCUCUCCAUCUCUGUUCCUGGGUCUGUUGCUUUCCCAACUAAAUUUAUUUCAGCGGACGUUUAUUGGAAAGCAUCUUAAAGUUUAUCAAUGGUUGUUUUGAGAAUAAGAAAUUCCCACAAAAGGAAAUAUGCUUUUAUCUGUUUGAGCAUCUUUGGAUUCAUCAUGUACCGAUAUUUAGGGACACCAGUGGGGGGGAGGAGGUUGAGCAGGAAACUGGGCCUGCACGCCAACAACUCUCAGUUCACCCUAGCUGGGGAGCCCUUCCGCAUCCUAGGGGGGUCCGUGCACUACUUCCGGGUCCCCAGCGCAUACUGGAGGGACCGUCUGAUGAAGGCCAAGGCCUGUGGCAUCAACACCAUCACCACAUAUGUGCCGUGGAGUCUGCAUCAGCCGGAGAGAGACGUCUUCAACUUUCAGACUCAGCUGGACUUAGAGUCUUACAUCAGUCUAGUGGCUGAGCUGGGACUCUGGGUAAUCCUGCGACCAGGGCCUUAUAUCUCUGCUGAGCUGGACCUGGGCGGACUUCCAAGCUGGCUUCUUCAAGAUGAGAACAUGCGGCUGAGGACAACAUACCCGGGCUUCACGGACGCCGUCAACGUCUUCUUUGAUAAGCUCAUCCCAAAAAUAGUUCCACUUCAGUUCAAGAAGGGAGGCCCAAUCAUUGCAAUACAGUUGGACGAUAGCUAUGGGUCCUAUGCCAAGGACAACCGCUAUAUGGCUUUCAUCAAGGAGGCCUUGACGUCCAGGGGUGUCAGUGAAAUGCUGCUCACAUCAGACCUUUCCAAUGGACUGAAGGCAGGCGGUGUUAAUGGAGCCAUCAGAACGAUGAAGCUUUGGAAGCUCCGUACGAAGGACAUGCAGGAGCUGAACUCUGUCCAGCCCAACAGCCCCGCCAUGGUAACGGACAUCUGGAGCGGCAUGGCCGACGCCUGGGGUGAUCUUCACCAUGUGCUUGCUCCCGAAGACAUGGUGUCCACUGUGAGGGAGAUUCUGAGAAGAGGAAUGUCCAUCAAUCUCUACAUGUUCCACGGAGGCACCAGUUUUGGCUUUAUGAGUGGUGCACUUGGAAUCCCUUCAUACAAAGCAAUAGUUCCAAGCUAUGAUUAUGACGCUCCCUUGUCUGAGGCAGGAGAGUACACACCGAAGUACCAUCUUCUUAGAGAUCUUUUCAGUCGAUACAACAGUGAUGAGUCUGUGCCUGAUAUGCCUGCACUGCGUUAUAGAGAGCCCUAUGAGCCAGCUAUCAUGUAUAACCACCUGUCCCUGUGGGAUGCUCUGAGCUUCACUGAAGAACCGUUUAAAUCCGCCACACCGGUCAAUAUGGAGAACCUACCAGUGAAUAAUAAAAACGGCCAGUCGCAAGGAUACACACUGUAUGAGACAACCAUCACUAGCGGGGGCUUACUGAAGUCUGGGGACAAUGUUCGCGACCGUGCCCUGGUCUUUGUGGACAGAAGGUAUAUUGGGUUUUUUAAGCGCAACACUCUAGAGAUGGCAGUCCCUGAUGGCGAGGGGAAGCGGACUUUGAGCCUUUUGGUGGAGAACUGUGGCCGGGUACACCGUGGCAAAGACCUUGACAAGCAACGCAAAGGCUUGGUGGGAGACGUUUUAUUAAACGGAACGCCUCUGCGAGAUUUCACGAUCUACAGCCUUGAUAUGAAACCCAGCUUCAUCGAUAGUCUUUACCGGGCGCAGUGGAAAGCUCGGCCCGAGGUACCCCUCUACCCUGCCUUUCUCAUGGGAGCACUGUUUGCCUACGGCUACCCCAGUGACACAUUUGUGAAGCUUCCUGGAUGGGGCAGAGGAGUUGUGUUUAUUAACGGGCUGAACCUUGGCCGCUACUGGUCCAGUGGGCCCCAGCAGGCCCUCUAUCUGCCGGGGCCCUUUCUCAACAGUGGAAUGAAUCAGAUCAUCGCAUUCGAGGAGCAAGAAGCAGACUACAAGAUCCAGCUGGAAGAUACGCACGACCUGGGCAUGACCGCCGACAUCAAGUGAAUGUGUUGCCACAUUAUUUAUUUGUAUGUUUGAACGUUUUUGGUUUUGUCCCUGCCUACCAUUACUGGACGAUGAAAUGACCAUACAGACUAGGGUAUUUGCUUAGACAUUCGCAUAUAUAGGUAAUCAAAUGCCCAUUUAAUAUAAAAUAAAAAACCCAGACACAGGUUUACAUUGAGAGGGAUUUUUAUAACAUGUAUAACCGUACCUCUUUGUUAUGCCAGCCCUUUUAAACAUGGACCAAAAAUAACCAAAUAAAUGCUUCACCAUCGGUCUGUG